ACCUGUUGUUCCUGCUGCUGAUGUUGUACCUGCUGCAGACGUUGUUUCUGCUGCAGAUGUUGUUCCUGCUGCAGACGUUGUUCCUGUUGCGGAUGUUGUACCUGCUGCAGAGGUUGUUCCUGCUACAGAUGUUGUUAUUGCUGAAGAUGUUGUUCCUGCUGGUGAUGUUGUACCUGCUGCAGAUGUUGUUUCUGCUGCGGAUGUUGUUCCUGCUGCGGAUGUUGUACCUGCUGCAGAGGUUGUUCCUGCUACAGAUGUUGUACCUGCUGAAGAUGUUGUUCCUGCUGCUGAUGUUGUUCCUGCUGCGGAUGUUGUUCCUGCUGCGGAUGUUGUACCUGCUGCAGAGGUUGUUCCUGCUACAGAUGUUGUUCCUGCUGCAGAUGUUGUUCCUGCUGCGGAUGUUGUUCCUGCUGCGGAUGUUGAACCUGCUGCAGAUGUUGUUCCUGCUACAGAUGUUGUUCCUGCUGCGGAUGUUGUUCCUGGUGCGGGUGUUGAACCUGCUGCAGAUGUUGUUCCUGCUGCGGAUGUUGUACCUGCUGCAGAUGUUGUUCCUGCUGCAGAUGUUGUUCCUUCUGCAGAUGUUGUACCUGUUGCAGAUGUUGUACCUGCUGCAGAUGUUGUACCUGCUGCGGAUGUUGUUCCUGCUGCGGAUGUUGUUCCUGCUGCGGAUGUUGUACCUGCUGCAGAUGUUGUUCCUACUGAAGAUGUUGUUCCUGCUGCAGAUGUUGUACCUACUGCAGAUGUUGUUCCUGCUGCGGAUGUUGUACCUGCUACGGAUGUUGUUUCUGCUCUUGAUGUUGUGCCUGCUGCGGAUGUUGUUCCUGUUGCGGAUGUUGUACCUGCUGCAGAUGUUGUACCUGCUGCGGAUGUUGUUCCUGCUGCGGAUGUUGUUCCUGCUGCGGAUGUUGUACCUGCUGCAGAUGUUGUUCCUACUGAAGAUGUUGUUCCUGCUGCAGAUGUUCUUCCUACUGCAGAUGUUGUUCCUGCUGCGGAUGUUGUACCUGCUACGGAUGUUGUUUCUGCUCUUGAUGUUGUGCCUGCUGCGGAUGUUGUACCUGCUGCAGAUGUUGUUCCUGUCACAGAAGUUGUGCCUGAUGAAGAUGUUGUUUCUGCUGCAGAGGUUGUUCCUGCUGCUAGUGUUGUACCUUCCUCAGAAGUUGUUCCUGCUGCAGAUGUUGCUACUGCUGCUGUAGAUGCUGGUCCUGUCGCAUACGUUGUACCUGUUCCAGAUGUUGUACC